AUGGCCUCACUGAUCAGCUUAUCCGAUAGUCUUAGCCAAUGGGUUGAGCAAACAUCCGAGCAUCACGAUAAUCCGGUACGACCAGUGCAUGCCAAAACAGAAAAAUACUUCGAAUGGGAUAAUGGAUCGGCAAAGGUGAAAAGCGAAGGUAUAUUAAGGCCUGAUUCAAAUUUGGUUUCAGGUCAAAUAGAAAGGGUCCCCCUUGGUCCUUCUUCUCAUCCAACAUUCAAGAUUAACUUCGAUCUCUUAUACGGCGAUGGCAGAAAAACUAAUUUUAUCCCUGUUGAAGACACAAGAAUGCUUUACAAGAAGUUCUUAAAGAAACCUAGGCCGUUUCCAGCAGGUAAAGCAGAAACUAAAGACAAGAAAGCCUUUCAAGGAGCUUAUGGUAUAACGUAUAUUACUUUAUCUAUCCCAACUCCUGUUUGGGUCUAUAUCGUAGAGAGUGUAAUUACAGAUAUAAAAAAACGCACUGAUGUGACUCGUGAUCCUAAUUUAGCACAUCGCUUUCGUACUACAUAUGUGGAAGUCAAUAGAGGCUAUACAACCUUUCAUGCAGAUAUGAAAGACAAGAUUCCUAGAUCGGACGUCAAUGAUGUUACAAAUAAAAUGAAAGCCAACUGGGUGAACGCUUCCGGCUUAGGCUACUUAGGGGUUCACUUAAGUCAGGUUCGUAACCCUGAAAAAUCAAUUACUUGGGAAUUGAAAUUCAGAAUGUAUCGAUUGGACAACGAACGCUAUUAUAAUGCCUAG